AAACCCCGCCAGGCAGCGCGCCCGGCAGCACGGCUGGUGCAAUCACACCUUAGCACGCCCCGGGGCCGGGGCAGGCGUCGGCUGGGAAAAGGAUGGUUUUAGCUGGGACUCUUGCAGAGCAGUAGCUCGGGGACUUCUGUCGGGGACGGGAGGGAUUGCGGCGCUGUUCGGAUGCAAUGGUGGGACCUAUUGCUCUCGCGGUGGCAUCGCAACACUGCAAGAUCGGUUGUAUCCAUUGCAAUUAAGUUUGCGGGAUCUGGACAUGAGAGGACCUAGCGUGGACGUGUAACUGUGCCAGCUCUUCGACGUUUCUUCUGACUGCACCUCCUGCUCGUGUGCCUCCUUCCCAGCGCCUGGUUCCGACCGCGGAACACACCGAUCCUCAGCGCUCGCAUCCUGAGUCUCUCUUUGGGGAGUACCCGGAGGACCAUGUAUCGGUUUGCCUUGGUUGCCAGGCAAGCUGGGGCCCCCCUGUGCGGCCGCGGGCCGGGGGGCAGCCGGGGCGGAGGGUCGGACACGGCCCUGCUCGGCGCCGCUUCGGUGGCGGCGGGGCGGCAGCCGCGGGGACCCCGCCGGGACAGCACCGUGCGCUGGAGCAGCGCUGCCAAGGCCUCCGCCGUGAACAUCAACGAGAAGGCGAGCAGGGAGAAGAUCCUCACGCUGGAGUCCAUGAACCCGCUAGUGAAGGCGGUGGAAUAUGCGGUGCGGGGCCCUAUCGUCCUGAAAGCCGGGGAGAUCGAGAAGGAGCUGCGGAAGGGAAUCAAAAAACCUUUUACUGAAGUAAUUAAAGCCAACAUUGGAGAUGCACAUGCAAUGGGACAGAGGCCCAUCACCUUCCUCCGUCAGGUGGUGGCCCUGUGUACAUACCCAAACCUGCUGGACAGCCCAAGUUUUCCAGAAGAUGCCAAAAAGCGAGCCAGACGGAUCUUGCAGGGAUGUGGAGGAAACAGCUUAGGAUCCUACACUGCCAGUCAAGGUAUAAACUGUAUCCGUGAAGAUGUUGCUUCAUAUAUUGAGAGAAGAGAUGGAGGGGUUCCUGCAGACCCAGAUAACAUUUAUCUCACCACUGGGGCAAGUGAUGGGAUUUCCGCAAUUUUAAAGAUCCUGAUCUCAGGAGGUGGAAAAUCCCGAACAGGAGUGAUGAUUCCUAUACCACAGUAUCCCUUAUAUUCAGCAGCCAUAUCUGAGCUCGAUGCUAUCCAGGUGAACUACUAUUUGGAUGAAGAAAGAUGCUGGGCUCUAGAUGUGAAUGAACUUCGCCGUGCCUUGAAUGAAGCCAAGGCAUAUUGCAACCCAAAAGUCCUCUGCAUCAUCAACCCUGGAAAUCCCACAGGACAGGUGCAAAACAGAAAGUGCAUUGAAGAUGUGAUACACUUUGCCUGGGAAGAGAAACUUUUUCUUCUGGCUGAUGAGGUUUACCAGGACAAUGUGUACUCUGAAGGAUGCCAGUUCCAUUCUUUCAAAAAGAUUCUGUAUGAGAUGGGACCCGAGUACUAUAACAAUGUUGAGCUGGCCUCUUUUCACUCCACCUCUAAGGGAUACAUGGGCGAAUGUGGCUACAGAGGAGGUUACAUGGAGGUGAUUAACUUGCACCCAGAAAUCAAAGAACAGCUUCUUAAGCUGCUUUCUGUUCGCCUUUGUCCCCCAGUCUCAGGACAAGCUGCAAUGGAUAUUGUAGUGAAUCCUCCAGUACCUGGAGAAGAAUCUUAUGCACAGUUCAUAAAGGAGAAAGAGUCUGUUCUGAACAAUCUUGCCGAAAAAGCCAAACUGACAGAAGACUUGCUUAACAAGAUACCAGGACUUCACUGCAACCCUCUUCAGGGAGCUAUGUAUGCUUUCCCACGGAUCUUUAUUCCUUCCAAAGCCAUUGAGAAAGCAAAGGCUCAUAAAAUGGCACCUGAUAUGUUCUACUGCAUGAAACUUCUGGAAGAGACUGGAAUAUGUGUUGUACCUGGGAGUGGAUUCGGCCAAAGAGAAGGAACCCACCAUUUCAGAAUUACCAUUCUUCCUCCAGUAGAGAAGCUGAAGAUCCUACUGGAGAAAGUGAAAGACUUCCACAUAAAGUUUCUUGAAAAAUAUGCAUGAAACUACUGUGGCUUUUCCUCCCUCGUCCCCUCCCCUUCAAGGCAAAUGAAGACAAUGAACAAAGAUGUGCUGAGAAUGUGCUGUUCAUCUAAUUUACAUAAAUUCAAAAUAGAACCAGUCUCAGAUACUGCUACAGCUUAUUGGACUGUUAAAGUUAAUGUCUGGUAUAGAAGACAUUGUUACAUAAACUUGAUUUUAAGGGGAAGGGAAAGAAAGUGAAGGAAGCGGUGAGAAGAAAGAGUCAGUUAAUGUUUUUGUGCCUUGAUUGGAAAUUACAUUGUGAAUUUUGGACUCAAUAGGUUGGGAAAGGGAAUUGCUCACUAAAAUUAUUACUGUUAUGUGGGGUUUUUUUACAGAACAGAAAUGCAAAGAUCAAUCGUUUAGCUAGGAAAAUGUCCCAUCCUAAAAUUCUACUAAACAAAAAUUCAAACCCCUACAUUAUAGGUAUUGUUUGGUUUAAUUUUUGUUUUUGUUGUUGUUAAUUAUGAAAUGUUCUCUAGAUCUGAUUAAGCAUGUAGGUACAUCAUGCUUAUUAAAAAAAUUUUUGGCACUUGUGUGCAGAUACCUUUGGAAUUCUGCAGAAAGGAAAUCCUGCCAUCACAGCAUAAUCAGGAUGGAAUAUACAGUUUUGAUCAGAGAAGUGAAUAUGGUGUCUGCUUGGACCCUAUUUUUUUGAAACUGAAACGUAAUGAGGAAUAUUUUCUUCUUCUUCAUGUGCUGUUCAACACAAAAUCCCAGCACAAGAGUGCUGAACAUUUCCUCUCAUUACAAUUCCACGAGUCUCCUGUUAGCUCUCAUCUCUUACACAUGUGGAACAUAGUAAGGUAUUGUUUCAAAGCAGAUGUGAGCACAGUCAGUCUUUUGAAGUAGGGUAAGACACAACACACUUCCAGAAGCGCUCUGUCCAUGGAGAAUGUUUGUUUGGAAUCACGUCAGAGACCUGCGGUGUGGCCCAAAUCCAGCUUGAACUGGCAAAGACCAACACAUGUUGUUACCAGGGGAAAUGCUGAGGGGGAUUUCUAAUGAAGGGAAAGGUGUUUAAAGGAAAAUGUCUUGCACCAAGCAUAAAGAGAAUGGUAGUACAGCUGACACUUAAAUCUUCCACUGGCUGAAUGACCCUGAGUGCUUAUUAAAGCCCAGCUCAACAAGGUUGCUGUCUAGGAGUACAGCUUUUUUGACUCCACUGAUCUGUGCCAGUUUCCCUGCAAAACAAAGGACAGCUUCUGUUUCUGUAGAGCUGGAAGCUGGACACCUCCUGCUGGCUCUGAUAAAGGGCUAAAGGAACAGAGCUUCCAGUAUUCAGAUGUGAAAGCAUUAGCAUUUGUCAGGCUUCGCCUCAGCAUUUACAGAGUUUAUUCAUUAAGGAUAUCACAUUUAAUCUAGUAGUUAAUUUUAAGUUACCAUAUAAAAGUAAACUCAUUUUCAUGUCUAUUAGCACUUUGUUAGGCUGCCUUUGUAGCUGGUUCAACAUCCUAUGCUGAUACAAGUUACUAAAUCCAAGGGCUACAGAAUCACCGUAUGGAUAAACCUGUGCCAAUUUAUUACAUGUGGAAGACGAGAGGCGUUGCCAGGAACUUUCCUUGCAACAGCAACCACCAGUCUAUGAUACAGCAUUAGCUCCCAGUUCCUUGCUGAAGUCUGUGAGAGGAAUUUAGUCCUCAAUCACCUGCCAGUGGUCCCAGGUUCAUGAAUGAAAAUGUCACGCUGCUAAAGAGUCACUGUGGAGGCUUGGAGAGAAAAAAAUCAUACUUUUAUCCUUGGAGAAAUGCACUUGUGGGAGGACAGCAGACUGAGAAUACUUAUGCUGCUACUAUCCAUUGAUAAAAACAACCUUUUAUUUGUUGGUAUCCUUAAUAUGCACUAAUAAAACAAAUCCAGAAAUCAAAACUGUAGUAGGAGAUCAGAAUAUUGAUGUGAAAAUAAGACAAACAGCACUUUCCUAUUCUGGGAAUGUGUCCAAGUGAGAUCUGGCUUUGGACUCAUAACGCAGCGUAGAUUGAAGCUAAGAUCUAACAAUGGGCGUUAGAAUAUUUUUUUAUAUUUUUGUAACUACAGCUUUUUCAUGGGGUAGUAUUUGUAAUCUAAUAAGUCAAUAGAUUUUAUAUUUGCCUUGCAUUUGCACCUGAUACUUCUGGAAAAAAAUGUAAAGGUUUACAAGUUUCUAAUGAUAAUUUACAGGUGUGAAAGGCUUUUUGUUUUAAGUCAAGACAGCAAUUCUUAUACUUUUAAAUCAAAAUAUAAUGACAUAAACUGAGUUUUUUCUAAACAUUCUAUUAUGGUGCCUUUUAUGUUUGUGACAUUAUAAGGGAUAACAAUUUGUUCUUGAUGCAUCUCAUGUGGAAGGGUGGUGAUUUCUAUUGUCCAUCCACAAUAUUUGUAUGUAUUGUGAUAAGGUUAAUGUGCAUUUUUGUGGAACAAUGCUGUAAAGCUAAGAAAAGAGGCUAAUUUUCCAUGUCUUUGAAGUCUUUCAUUAAUAACAGACAAUCCUUACUUUCAGAUGCAUGCUUCUAGGUUUGAUCUUCCUACAGGUGCUCCUUAUAACAGUACUUCAGAUGUAUGAGACUUCCAAAUAAUAAAGCACAUGUUAAAAAAAGGGUAA